AUGGGAAAUGAAAUAUCACUUCCAAGUACAUCUAAAAGCUAUCUGGCUCUGGGAAGUUAUUCAAUAUCAUCACAUUUGCCACUCUAUGCGAAAAUCAACACAAACGGAAAAUGGAUAUUUUUACUGAUUGAAUUAAAACAUGUCCAAGUUGAAAGAAUUUUAAUCAAUGCUUGGACCAAUCACAAAAUGGCAAAUAUUCUAGUUUUCUCUCUAGAUAAACGUUUAAAACUGUUUGUGACUUCCUUCAAUCCAUUCAAGAAGCAAGGAAAUAAUUAUGGAACAUUUUGGUCUAUGCAAAUCAACAAAGAAAAGUUUUCGACGAUCUUAAAAGCAGUGGAAAAUAUUUUUGAAAAUAAAAUUUCUAAUCUUCAAGAAUAUCCAUUGAAAGGUAUUUUUUUUCGAAAGGAAGAUUAUCUUGACGAAAUAAUGGUAGACAUUUUUCAAAAGGCGUUUAAUGUGAAUGACAUGGGAAAUGAAAUAUCACUUCCAAGUACAUCUAAAAGCUAUCUGGCUCUGGGAAGUUAUUCAAUAUCAUCACAUUUGCCACUCUAUGCGAAAAUCAACACAAAUGGAAAAUGGAUAUUUUUACUGAUUGAAUUAAAACAUAUCCAAGUUGAAAGAAUUUUAAUCAAUGCUUGGAACAAUCACAAAAUGGCAAAUAUUCUAGUUCUCUCUCUAGAUGAACGUUUAAGGUUGUUCGUGACUUCCUACAAUCCAUUCAAGAAGCAAGGAAAUAAUUAUGGAACAUUUUGGUCUAUGCUAAUUAAUCAUGAAAAUUUGUCAACGAUCUUAAAAAAAGUGGAAAAUAUUUUUGAAAAUAAAAUUUCAUAUCUGCAAGAGUAUCCUUUAAAAGGUGUUCGAUCUGGAGAUUUGACGGAAUUUCAUAAAAACUUAAACGAACUUAUGAAAGAAAUCUUUCAAAAAGCGUUAAACAUGAAAUUCAAAACUGUCGCUCCUCGAGAUGGAAAAAGAAUUGGGACUCGUUUGCCUAAUGGAUCGUUCACUGGUGUGCUCAAAGACAUUGAAGAUGGUGCUGUUGAUAUUGGGUUGAAUAAUAAGCUUUUAGUGCCAAUGAAUUUUACAAAUUGCACAUUUCUUAAUCCGGUGGUUACAUCUGAUUUCAGAUAUUUAACAUCAAAGAAAUCUCCCGCCACCACAUAUCUUUUUUAUAACGUUCUGCAAGCAUAUGACUUAGAAACCCGCUGGAUGUAUCUUGUAUGUUUAAUUAUCACCUUGUUCUGUUGGUAUUUCUUGGAUUUUAUUCACUAUCAAUCGAUAAAUGUCUCCAAAAGAGAAGAGAUUGGCAGCUUGCUUAUGAUUUUUAUAGCAAUUCAAACAUCCUCAACAUUAAGUGUUAAGGAUAAUGGCCCAUCACAUCAAAGGAUACUCGUUGGGUCUCUUCUUAUCGUUUCAUUGAUAAUGUGCAAUGCUUUUCAAGGUGAAAUUCUUCGUAAUUUGAGAAGUCCACAAAAAUCACCAGACAUAAACUCACUUGAAGAUUUGUUGCAAAGUGAUUAUAAACUUACAGCAUUCAUCGCAGUGCCUGAUUUAUUUCAACCUGAUGAAAACGAUUCCAAUGUCAACCAGAUUCAAAAGAGAUUGUAUUACCGACAAAAUAUUUCUUUAAAUAUAUCUAAUUUAGGAUGUAAGCCUCUUAUGAGAAACCCAAAACAAGCAUUUUUAAUGCGUGGAGAGCUUGCUAAAAGUUUUCUAAAUGUUGAAAUUAACAAUGCAACUGGAGAAGAUUUCUGUCAUAUUGUGAAAGAGUCGCCAAUUUCAUUCUUCUUAACUUAUAUCGUUCCAAAGACGUCCCCUUUCAUCCGAAGACUAAAUCGAGCGAUUGCAGAAGCGAAGGAGUUUGGAUUCAUCGAGAUAGCUAAGAAAAAAACCGACGCAAUUCUGAAACAGCGACAAGCCAAACGACUGAAAGUUUUAUUAAAAGCUGUUCAAAAUCAUCCACCAAUUUCAAUUGAAAAUUUGAAAAAUUAUCUGGUCGAUCAAGAGUCAUUAACAAUUUUUGAUACUGGGAAAUCUAAAAAUGUAUUCAAAUAUAAAAGUCAAUUUCUAAGCAUUUUCCAUUCGAUCCUACCAUGCAUUACUUACCGUAAUUUAAAUGAUUCUCUUGUUAGAAAAAUUAGUGACAUGGGAAAUGAAAUAUCACUUCCAAGUACAUCUAAAAGCUAUCUGGCUCUGGGAAGUUAUUCAAUAUCAUCACAUUUGCCACUCUAUGCGAAAAUCAACACAAAUGGAAAAUGGAUAUUUUUACUGAUUGAAUUAAAACAUAUCCAAGUUGAAAGAAUUUUAAUCAAUGCUUGGACCAAUCACAAAAUGGCAAAUAUUCUAGUUUUCUCUCUAGAUAAACGUUUAAAACUGUUUGUGACUUCCUUCAAUCCAUUCAAGAAGCAAGGAAAUGAUUAUGGAACAUUUUGGUCUAUGCAAAUCAACAAUGAAAACUUGUCGAUGAUCUUAAAAGUAGUGGAAAAUAUUUUUGAAAAUAAAAUUUCAAAUCUUCAAGAUUAUCCAUUGAAAGGCGUUUUUUUUCGAGAGGAUGAUUGCCUCGAUAAUAUAAUAGUAGGCAUUUUUCAAAAAGCAUUAAAUGUGAAGUAUGAAAUUGUUUUACCUCGGGACGGAGAUACGAUUGGGACUCGUUUGCCUAAUGGAUCUUUCACUGGUGAGCUCAAAGAUAUCGAAGAUGGUGCUGCUGAUAUUGGGUUGGAUAACAGACUUUUGGUACCAAUGAACUCUUCGAAUUGUGCAUUUCUCAACCCUGUGGUAGUGACUGAGAUGAAGUACAUAACAUCAAAGAAAUUUCCACCACCCACUCAAAUUUUUCAUUUCGUAUUGCAAGCAUAUGAUUUAGAAACACGUUGGAUUUAUUUUUGUUGUACUAUUCUCACUUUACUCUCUUGGUAUUUCUUGGAUUUUAUUCACCAUCAAUUGAAAGCUGUUGAAAAGAGAGAAGAAAUUGGGAAACUGCUUCUAAUCAUAACAGCUAUUCAAGUAUCAUCAACAGCAUACAUCAGAGACAACAUCCCAUCAUAUCAAAGGAUUCUCAUUGGGUCUCUUCUCAUCGUUUCAUUGAUAAUGUGCAAUGCUUUUGAAGGUGAAAUUCUUCGUAAUUUGAGAAGUCCACAAAAAUCACCAGACAUAAACUCACUUGAAGAUUUGUUGCAAAGUGAUUAUAAACUUACAGCAUUCAUCGCAGUGCCUGAUUUAUUUCAACCUGAUGAAAACGAUUCCAAUGUCAACCAGAUUCAAAAGAGAUUGUAUUACCGACAAACUGUGCUUAUGUCCUUUGCUACUGCAGUUUGCAAAACUAUUGUGGAGAAUCCCAAACAAGCAUUUUUAAUGCGAGAAGAGUUCGUAAAGGAAUUAUUAAAUGUUGAAAUUAACAAUGCAACUGGAGAAGAUUUUUGUCAUAUUGUGAAAGAGUCGCCAAUUUCAUUCUUCUUAACUUAUAUCGUUCCAAAGACGUCCCCUUUCAUCCGAAGACUAAAUCGAGCGAUUGCAGAAGCGAAGGAGUUUGGAUUCAUCGAGAUAGCUAAGAAAAAAACCGACGCAAUUCUGAAACAGCGACAAGCCAAACGACUGAAAGUUUUAUUAAAAGCUGUUCAAAAUCAUCCACCAAUUUCAAUUGAAAAUUUGAAAAAUGUUUUAAUUUUUUAUGGGAUGCGUGGAGAACUUGCUAAAAGUUUUCUAAAUGUUGAAAUUAACAAUGCAACUGGAGAAGAUUUCUGUCAUAUUGUGAAAGAGUCGCCAAUUUCAUUCUUCUUAACUUAUAUCGUUCCAAAAACGUCCCCUUUCAUCCGAAGACUAAAUCGAGCGAUUGCAGAAGCGAAAGAGUUUGGAUUCAUCGUGAAAGCUAAAAGAACGUUUGACGCAUUGAAUGAGUUAAGAUUAGUCAAACGAUUAAUCGUUGUUUCAGAAAACAUUCAAGAUCAUCCACCAAUCUCGGUAGAGAAUUUGAAAAAGUGUGAAAAAAGAAUUGAUAAAUAA